AUGCCAAGCCCCGGGAGGGACCAGGCCCGGGGCCCUUGCUCAGGCUGCUCUCCCGCCCCCGGACCCCACGCCGACCCCGGCAGGUCCCGCGCCCCCCGACCCCGCGAGUCCUCCUUCUCCAUCGAGGCCAUCCUGGCGAGGCCGGCGCCCCGCGCGCCCGCCUGCGCCCCCGCCUCCGCGGGCACCUGGGAGGGUCUGCCCUGGGCGCGCCCCGCUCCCUGGCUGCCCGCCGGCCUGAGCGCGGGACUCUGCCAGCCGCGCCCCCGGCCCCCGGCGCUGGGGCUGCGCCUGGCCCCCCUCUGCGGCCUCCAGGGCCUCGGCGUCACAGGUUUGGAGCUGACUUACUGCCCAGGCCUCUGGAGUCCCCCAGAUGGGGCCGCAAGGGAGGACCUUCAGGACACGGAGAGACCCCAAAAGAGGGUCCGGACUAUGUUUACCCUGGAGCAGCUGGAGGAGUUGGAGAAAGUGUUUGCAAAACAGCACAAUCUGGUAGGAAAGAGCAGAGCCCAGCUGGCAGCCCGGCUCCACCUCACAGAGAACCAGGUGAGGAUCUGGUUCCAGAACCGCAGGGUCAAGUAUCAGAAGCAGCAAAGGCUGAAGCCGCCAGCCGUGUCUGCCAUGGCGGCCUCCCCGGAUGAGCCCUCCAGCAGCUCUGACACCGUCAUCCAGAGAGAAGACACGGAAUCACGAGGGGACAGCUGAGGAUCGGGAUGAAGGCUCAACCCAGGCUGUCUGGGCUGGCUCUUCCUGGGGACACGCACUGGACCUACCUGCUUGCUCUACCUAUUAACAAAGAGUCUCAUUGGGGUCAACGGGCGCCAGAGAAAUCUGAACUGUUGAGAACUUUUCAAUAUUGACUCCUGGGAGUUGCAAUAAUGCAAUGGUCAGGAGCACAGGCUUUGACCUUCAGCUAUGUCUUUGGCCACGUUACUGAACUUCUGAGCCUUUUUUCUUCACCUGUAUCCUGAGUGUGUUGAUAACUUAGAGCUCCCAGGGCUAAGAUGAUGUCUGUAAAGCACUUACAGUGUGCCAGGCCCGGUGUUAAGGGUGUGGCCACUGCUAAGGCUUAUAGACCCCCUUCACCUGGGGCGAGUGGUGCCCGAACCAGCCCUGGAUUUCCCAGGGAUUAAUCUCCUCCUGGCCUGGUUGUGGAGCAGAGAGGGCCUCCUUGAAUCAAUGUCUGGGCAUAAAAGACUCUUCCCUGACAGAACUGGUAGAGUUGACAGGAAAAAAAAAAAAAAAAAAAAAAAGAGGGAAGGGUAGGCUAUUUAGUCCACUUUCCCUCACAAGGUUCCCUGAAAUUUUCUUGUUUUGCCUUAACUGUUAUAAUUCUCAGAAGAAGCUCAGGCCCAGGUGCCUCCUUGAAGCAGACAUGCUAACCUGACCACCAUCUUUCUCUCUAGCUUCCCACCUUGACACCCCCCUCCCCAUAUUUAUAUAGAGCAAUUUGACUCUGCCUCUGCCAAAGCUGGCAUUUUACCAUAGACUCUGCUGUUUUUUUCAUAAAACAGUUAUUAUUUACCCCUCUUCACUACCCGGACUCAUAGUUCCCUUUCCUUCCCAGGCAUCGGUUUGGUUUGUCUCUAAGAAGCCUGACAGCCUACCUCAGUGAAGACAGUCACAAGCAUUUUCAGGGUUGAUUUCUCUAAGGCUCCACAUUCCUGGGUGGUGGGCUGUGGAGGCUAUUUCUUUAGAAUGUGGAGGUGAGCUGGUGGGAGGAGGCCUGCCCUGCCACCUGGUGGUGAAAGAGGGCACAGUCCCUGCUGCUCUGUUUUUUGAGAGGAAAAGCAGGCAGUAGAGUCAGUCUUGGAAAACCACCUGCUUCCCAAAGCAGUGGGCCAUCCUCUCCUGGACACCAGGCUGUAGGCGUGAGGGAGGCCAGGGUCCAGCUCCAGGAACCCUUCUCUGUACCUAUCUUCAGGGAAACCCUCCAUAACGCUGGAUCCAAAGGC